UUUGGCUCAGUGAAAAAAGGAGGCAGCAAGCUGAGUCGCAAGCCAUGGACUUUGACCAUCACGGGCUUGGGCCAGUGGGAGUGGCAGCGGAAGCAGCGUUGGUGGGUGGCGCAACCGCAGCGGUGGUGUCCUCCAUCUCCCGGUCUCGGGCGCAUCGGGCGCCCCUUCCGCCCCAGCAGGUGCUGGUGCUGCCAAGCUACCCACAGAGGGUGCAAGUUGGAGUUCCCACACAAGCUCCACUUCAAGCGCCUCCCAUUGUGGCGCCUGCGCGGCUCGCGCCGCAGCUUGCGCCGCGAGCCACCCCAGCGCCGCAGCUUGGGGACGUGGUGGCGCCAAGCACGCAGCCGCUGGGCGUCUUCGCCGUGCGGCUGCCACCUCAGCUACUGGAGCUGCGGGAUUCCGUGACGUUCUUUGCCGUGGAAGUAGCCGCCGAAAGCGGGCAUUGGAGAGUCAUGCGCCGCUACAACGACUUCCAUGAGCUCAAGGAGCAGCUGCGGGGCUCCACGUCGUUCCCGGGGGCGCCCUUCCCCCGGAAGGACGGGCUGCGCGUCAGCGGCCCCAAGUUGGAGCUCCGCCGGCAAGGUUUAGAGCUUUGGCUGCAGCGGGUGGUGGAGCACCCGCGCUCUGCGGGCGACUGGGCCCCCGCGUUGCAGGGCUUCCUGCAGGCGGGGCGGCAGAUGGGCCCCCCAACCCCGGCGCCGCCGACUCCGCUUCCGCUUCCGCCGGCCCCUCCAGCUCCGCCGCCGGAGGUGGCGUCGGAUGUCUUUUUGGAAAUCGUCAUUCCAGCGGGCGUCAGAGAAGGCCAGUUGCUGGCGGUCACUGUGCCCGAUGGGAGCCAGAAGAACAUAUCAGUGCCGAAGGGCUGUGCCGGCGGCUCGAAGCUGGAGCUGGUCUACCGCGCCGCCGAGAACACGCUGGUGCCGGCGUGAAGUUCUGAAGGUCUGCCCUCCGACGAGUUACUUGGACUCUGAAGCGAGGAAACCGGUUUCACCCAGGUCGUUGUUGGCCGUGGAAGCUUGUACAGCCAGUGCUGAAGGCGAAGGUGCGGAAGGCCCUCAGGCACCCGAGAAUCCAUUGGGCUGUGGGUCAAAACCAAUGGUACCCACCC